AGUUUUAAUUUAGGGAUCGCUCAGUUUUUAGUCAUAAUUCAAUAAAUUUUAUAAUGUUUUAGUUCACAGUUUUUUUUGCCUUCGGCUAGCCAAAUGCCCCUGAGGAUCCCAUAACGACGCAAAGGGGCCAUUCCAUAUAAAUUGCGACCUAGGAAUGGCCAAGCUACAAACGCGUCUCAAUUCCUCAAGCUGUAAGCAAAGAGUUUUUAUUUUUUUUGUGUCACAAGAAAAAAAAAGUUGCUAGAACGCCGAAACAGCUGUCUCGGUUGAGAUAGGUCAUCGACCGGCAAAGAAUUGUGAGCACUGGGAAGAAAAAAGCUAGGUGACGGGGCGAAGGGAAUCAAUAAUGGAGGGAGAACCUGUAAAUCCGUCCGUUUGCAUUCUGUGUGGGGAAGAGUUUGGAUCCCUGCAGUUAUACAAGACCAGGUGUGGCCACGAGUUUCAUAAAGCUUGCAUCGUCCCCUACUCGAAGGAAAAUGCUAAAUGUCCCAGAUGUGGAAGAGUCACUUUUGAGUUGCAAGGCGGCGCAUCGGUUUCGGGCACGCAAACCGCCAAACAGCAGGCAGGAAGCAAAGAAAAAGCUUCAGGCACCCCAGCGACGGGAUCAGCAAAUAAUAAUCCAGGUUCAGCUUCAGUUGAUGGCGGGAAUAUAGGAAUCAUGAUUACCCAAGCAGUGCGAGCCAUGCAAAACGACCUUUUAACCCAGUUGUCGGAGCAGAUGGCGCAAAUAAUACAAACCAAUGUCGCUGCGCAUCUUCAACUGACUGGCCGGGAUCAACACGCUCGAAAUAUAGCUCCAGACCAUAGUUCGCAGGGUCAGGAAGCAGGCGGAGGCCGAGAAUCGGCAGGAUUUUACAGAGAGGGCAGAGACACUCCUAGAAGUUUAGCUUCCGAUCUGUCCCAAAGGCCGGACAAAGUCGUACAUAUUAUGAAUGGUUGGAAGCUACGAUUUAGCGGGGAUGCGGAAGGAAUUAGCGUUGAUAAUUUUAUCUAUAGGGUAGAAGCUCUCACUCAUGCAACGCUGGAAAGCAACUUUGCGGUGCUAUGUAGCAACGCUAGCAUCCUCUUUGACGGAAAGGCUCGGGAAUUCUUUUGGAGGUUUCAUAAGUCAGUGGUAGUAGUCCGAUGGGAUGUGCUUUGUCAGGCAUUAAAGAAACAGUUCCGAGACACUCGCACGGAUGUGGACAUUCGAGAGGCGAUCAGGGACCGGAAGCAGAAAGAAAAAGAAGGGUUCGAUGCCUUUUAUGAUGCCAUAGUCCAGCUAAUGGAUAGUUUAGAGUCUCCCUUGUCAGAAAAGUCUGUGGUAGACAUAUUGCGAAGAAAUUUGAGGCCCGAAGUAAGGCACGAGUUGCUCAACAUAAAAAUAACUUCGGUUGGGGAGCUCAGGGAAAUAUGCAGACGAAGAGAGAGUUUCCUGGAGGACGUGAGACGGAAUUAUGGUUAUCAAAAGAGUGUUCCUUUCCGUAGGCAAGUAGCUGAGUUGGUGGAGGAGCACAUGUCUGAUGACGCAACGGAGUUUUCCGAAGGUGAGGGCGAAGCCGAAAUAGGAGCGUUGGCCUUGGUAUGCUGGAACUGCCAUAAGGAAGGACAUCGGUACCAGGAUUGCGAAUCCAAACGCAAGAUCUUUUGCUAUGGGUGUGGCAUUCCAAACAUUUACAAACCAGCUUGCGAAAAAUGUCAGAAAAAAAACGGCAGGGCGAGCACACAGCCUCGUCAGCUUCAGAGUGUGCGUCGCCAAAAAUCCGCGAACCCAGACGCCAGCCAGUAGAAAAUCAACACCAGGCAGUUAUAGAUACGAGCAUUCCAGUCCAGCCCGUCAGUACAGUAAAAACAAUUUUAUGGCAUAAUUUCAUUAAUUCUAAGUCAGAUGCAGAAGCUGUAGAAACACUGUUCCGUCGUAGAUCCAAUUCAAGAAACUCCAAACGGAUGAGAUCAUUUUGGAAGGCAGCUAAAUCAAUAAAUGCGAUUAGAUACAAAGAGCUAGAUAAACGUCCGUACGCAGAGGUAAAAAUUUUUGAGCGGCCAGUGCUUGGGUUGUUAGAUACAGGGGCAGCGAUGAGUGUAGUUGGUGGGAAUUUGGCUAAACAAAUAAUUACCAGCAGGAUUCCAUUUAAACGGGGCAUCUCAGUUGCUCAUACCGCAGAUGGCAGGCGGCAGGAGGUUCUGGGUCGAUUGAGAACUCCAGUCACCUAUGAUAACGUCGUGAAGGAUUUGGAACUGCAUAUCAUUCCGUCGCUUAGCCAGGACUUAUAUCUAGGAAUCGAUUUUUGGUCAACGUUCAAUUUAUUACCUCCGGAGAUGCAGGUAGCAGAAAUUUGUCAGGAAUCGCACGUACUAAUUCCAAGUCAGAAAGAGGAGUUGCAGAAGGUUGUGUCGGAAUUUCCAUCCUUUGCAGUCUCUGGUUUGGGUAGAACAUCGGU